AUGAAAUAAAAAGAAGAUUUGUUCGAGGUUUUUGCUUCAGCAAAAGAUAUUGAUGAAUAAAUAUACAGUUUGAUAAUUGAAAUGUUUAAAAAAGAAAAAAUUUCAAACUAUUUAGAACUUACUUCAGAUAAUGAAAAUAAGAAAGAUUAUGAAUAAUAAAUUUAAUAAUCAAUACAUUUAUAGUUUGCGGAUGAAGAAGAAAAGUUAAAUGCAGCAAAAAAUAACAUGAAAAAAAUUACAAAUAUUAUAAAAUCAAUUAAAGAUCAUGACUUUAAUAAAAAUGACUAUUUAACUAAAAUGAACUUAAAAGUUAGAUAAGACCUAAUCAAAAAAAUAAAAAAUGAAGAAAAGAUUAUAUAAUUUUUAAAAUUUUUAGUUCACCUCUCAUCCAUAGAUAGUUAAUUGAUAUAAUGUGGAUCAAAUUCAUUAAACUUAUUAGUUUAAAUGAAGGUUGAUCUCACAAAUCAAUUUUUUGGAAAUAUCAAGAUUUAGAAUACCUGUUUAACUGGAGGUAAUUUUGUAAGAUGCAAUUUGAGCGGAUCUGAAUUCGAUAAUGUAAAUAUAAGUGGAUUAAAUUUGAAUGGUGCUUACUUAUUUAAUUGUAAAUGGAAAAGCCUUAGAAUCCAUGAACUACAUAAAAUAGAAGGCCAUUAGAAAACAGUCUACUCAGUAUGUUUCUCUCCUGAUUAUACAACAUUGGCAUCUGGUAGUGGCGAUAAUUCUGUCUGUUUAUGGGAUAUUAAGACAGGACAAUAACAAGCUGAAUUAAAUGGUCAUAGCGAUGAAGUCUACUCAAUAUGCUUCUCUCCUGAUGGUACUACAUUAGCAUCUUGUAGUUUCGAUAAAUCUAUUCGCUUAUGGGAUGUUAAAACAAGGUAGUAAAAAGCAAAAUUGGAAGGGCAUGCAAUUUAUAUUCGAUCAGUAUGUUUCUCUCCUGAUGGAACUACAUUAGCAUCUGGCAGUGGAGAUACCUCUAUCCUCUUAUGGGAUGUAAAGACAAGAGUAUAAAAAGCCAGAUUGGAUGGUCAUACUUGUAAUGUCUGGUCAGUAUGCUUCUCGCCUGAUGGUGCUGUAUUAGCAUCUGGUAGUGGCGAUAAUUCUAUCCGUUUAUGGGAUAUAAAAAAAGGAUAAUAAAAAGUCAAAUUGGAUGGUCAUACUUGUAAAGUCUGGUCAUUAUGCUUCUCACCUGAUGGUACUGUAUUAGCAUCUGGUAGUGGAGAUAAUUCUAUCCGUUUAUGGGAUGUGAAGAAAGGAUAAUAAAAAGCUAGAUUGGAUAGUCAUGCUAGUGAUGUUUGGUCAGUAUGCUUCUCACCUGAUGGUACUAUAUUAGCAUCUGGUUGUUGUGAUAAUUCUAUCCGCUUAUGGGAUGUAAAGACAAGAGUAUAAAAAGCCAGAUUGGAUGGUCAUACUAGUGAUGUUUGGUCAGUAUGCUUCUCACCUGAUGGUGCUGUAUUAGCAUCUGGUAGUGGCGAUAAUUCUAUCCAUUUAUGGGAUUGGAAGACAGAAUUAGAAAAAGCGUAAUUAGAUGGACAUGAUGGAACUGUCAUGUCAGUAUCCUUCUCUCCUUGUUCUACUAUAUUGGCAUCUGGUGGAGCUGAUAAAUCAAUCCGUUUAUGGGAUGUUAAGACAGGAUAGUAAAAGGCUGAAUUCAAUGGUCACAGUAAUGAAGUCAAUUAUGUUUGUUUUUCUCCUGAUGGCAUGAUAUUAGCAUCUAGUAGUGCAGAUAAGUCUAUACGUUUAUGGGAUGUUCAGACAGGAUAAUAAAAAGCCAAAUUGGAUGGUCAUAGGGAUAAAGUCUACUCGAUAUGCUUCACUCUUGAUGGCACUACAUUAGCAUCUGGUGGUGGAACAUCAAGAGAUGAAGAUGAUUAUGAAGAUAAAGAUUGCUCUAUUCGUUUAUGGGAUAUUAAGACCAGAAAAAUAAAAGCUAAGUUUGAUGGUCAUAGUGAUACUGUUCGAACAUUAUGUUUCUCUCCUGAUCAUACUAAUUUAGCAUCUGGUAGUGACGAUAACACUAUCCGUUUAUGGGAUUUUAAGACAAGAUAAUAAAUAGCCUUGUUCAAUGGACAUGAUGGAAUUGUCUUAUCAGUAUGUUUUUCUCCUUGUGCAACUGUUUUAGCAUCAGGUAGUGAUGAUAAGUCUAUCCGUUUAUGGGAUGUUAAGACAAGAUAAUAAAAAGCUAAAUUGGAUGGUCAUGAUGAUUAUGUCAGAUCCGUCUGCUUCUCUUUUGAUGGAUUUACAUUAGCUUCUGGAAGUGAUGAUAGGUCUAUCCGUAUAUGGGAUACUAAUACAGGAUAGCAAAAAGCUAUUUUGGAUGGCCAUGGUUAUUAUGUCCGAUAGGUCUGCUUCUCUUUCGAUGGUACUAAAUUAGCAUCUUGUAGCGAUGAUAAAUCUAUCCGUAUAUGGGAUGUUAGAACAGAAUAAUAAUUGGAAAGUUUGGAUUACAGUUAUAAAGAAUGUUAAUCAUAAUUUAAUACUUCACUAUUUUAAAACAAUCCUCCUCAAGAUAAUCGUAUUUAUUAUAUAUACUUAGUUACCUCGAAUAUUAAUAUCCUCCUUAUAUCUCAAUAGCCAGUAUUUUAAUCAUAAAAAGCUUUAAUUAUCAACGGAUAAUUUGACAAUCAAUUAGGCAUAGAUUUAAAGAUAUUAUUUAAGCAAAAAGGAAGUUUCUUGUUGGACAAAUGA